AUGUCUUACGCCGACGCAGCUGCCAAGGGUCCCAAGCAGGCCCCCGAGGAUGUAAACACACAGGCUCGCGCUCCCAACGUGGGUGGCGUGUACCACGACGAGUCUGAGAGCACUGCCUCCCUCAUCGACGUUGACUCUCCGCACGUGAACACCGUCGACCCCGAUUACGUCAACCAGGAUGUCAAGACAACUACACAGGCUGAGCGGAUAGAGCGUGAGGCUGCCGAGGCCGAGGAGCGCAAGGCUCGUGAGGCCAGUGAGAAAAAGGCCAAGGCCCGCAAGGCGAAGAGUAGCGGUCUGUUCGCCAACUCCGACAACCCCGUGUACAUCACCAACGCCGUUCUCGGUGCUCUGGUCGGUGCUGGUCUGGGCUUCGGUGCCUACCACAAGCAUGCCCAGGGCAAGCUUUCGUGGGAGUUGGUCGGUCUUGUUUCUGGUGCCGUGGGCGCUUUCGGUGUCGUGGACUACUUUGCCAGCAAGUGGUUCCUGCAGAACAAGUACCCUGCCAAAUAG